GUUGCAUAUGAUCUAAUCUCAAACGUCACUUCAAUCAGCCAUAUAAGGGUGAAAACAAAAACAGAUUUGUAGGAUAUACAUCAAAGAUUUUGCGAAAAGCUCAAAUUUCACUAUGACUCGCAUCAGGAAGUUUUUAACGAAAGAUAUGUUGACCGAAGAGUUGAAUCAAGUGUCGCCAAGAUCCAAUGGAUCGCUUUCAAACAUCGAAAAAACGGAGAAGAAGCAGGGGGAGGGCAAAAAGGAUUGCGAGGAAAUGGAUGAGAAAAAGGAAACGGAGUUAGAGUGGAAACCUGAGGAUUGCGCGCAGCCAUUCGGCGAUGUGAGUAAGAUUACAGGCAAGGGAGAAAAGGAAAAAAAUCAUUUCCAGGCAUUCAAGUUUCAGGGCAAACAAUAUGGGCUGGAGGAUUCAGUGCUCUUGUUUUCAGAGAACCCUAAGCGCAAGCCCUAUUGUGCCAUCAUUAAGGACAUUUACAUACCAAACAAAGAAAAGUAUGUGAAGCUUGAAGUGCAAUGGUUCUACCGCCCAGAGGACGUGGAUGCAAAAUCUAUUGCAAAAUGGAAAUCCAACGGUGCAAGAAGCCUCUUCUACAGCUUCCAUCGCGACGAGGUGCACGCGGAAUCUGUGCUUCAAAGCUGUGUUGUGCAUUUUGUGCCAGAGGAUAAACAAAUCCCAAGCCGUGCAGGGUAUCCUCAUGACUUCAUAGUGCAAAAUGUUUAUGAUUUUGCCAAGAAGAAGCUAAGAAAGCUUAGUGAUGAUGACUUUGACAUGCAUCAAAAGCAAGAGAUUGAUCAUCUUGUGACUGAGACGGCCUCAAGAUUUGGUGAUCUUCCUGCCAUUGAUCAGGAGGAAAACCAAACGACUAAGAUCACUCCAAAGUGCCUAGGACCUGUCCGGAAAAGGUAUGUCAGAAAAGCUAAGAGAACGAGUCCUCUGACUUAUGGUUUGAUCUUGGAGGGAUUUGGUUUGUUAACCGGUGAUUCGGUUCGCGACAAGACAUUGGAUGAGCUUCUAAAAGCAGUUAAGGGUAGGUGUCAUGCAAGAAAGAAGAAAGAAGUUGGUGAGUUUGAUUUUUUCUGGCCAGAUAAUGUUGUUCCUAUGGUGCGAGCUCUUGAGCAGAGUUUGUAUGAUUCUUUGGCACAAGAUAUGCCAAAGUACAAAGAAAAGUUGGAGAUUCUUGUCACUGAAUUCAUGUAUUCACGAUUGUUAGCUGGACGACUCAUGGAUGGUGAAUUGAAACUUGAACAAGUUAUGAAGAUGUCACAGUAUGAGCUAAGGCGUGGUUUCACUUUUGAUGAGCUCAAGGCCAAUAUCGAGUAGCCAAGGGUGGAGAGAGAUGCUCCAUCCACCUUUAAAAGUGUUGGGAGCAAAGAUUAGAAGAGUAAAGAAGAUAUAUAUUGAACCUAUAAUGAUCAUAUCUUGCUCUUCUUGUUAUUUGUUUUUCUUAAUUGCUAGAGAGUUUCGUUUUUUAAAGAUUUUAAGACUUUUUUUUUUAAUCUAAAACUUCAGUUUUUAAAGACUAGUUUUGUUUCUAGAAUGUCACAUAUGUUUAACAUGUGUGGCAUGUAUACAUUUGAACUUGGAAUGGAUGGUCAUUGUUUUUAUUUCCG